UGUCUCUCCCCAGACCUGAUCCCACCAGGUGUGUGUAACCUGCUCAACUCCUCCACUAUCUAUGCAAACAAUGAGGUCAGCCUGGCAGAGGUGGACAUCUAUGGGUUUGACUAUGACUAUGACUACACCCUGACCCUCUACUCCAACGCCCUCAACACUAUGAUCUACAACACUGCCAGAGACUUCCUCAUCGAGCACUACAAGGUUUGUGUGCUCUAAUUAACCUGCCAAUACACUAACACAUACUGUAUAUUCAGUGCUCCUGAAAAUUCCACAUUGUGGACCCUUGUAAUCUGAUCAUUUUCUGCUCUUGUUUGACAGUAUCCUGAAGGUAUCCGCCAAUAUUACUACAUCUCCAACUUCGCUGCACAGGAUCUUCACUAUGAUAUUCAAAAGGUAAGCAUCAUACAGCAAUUACGCCCCUCUAAUACAUCGCUCUGCCCUUCUUCUAAACAUCAAAUCUCAAGGUACCGUGGGUUUACAAUGCUGUAUGUUUUGUCCUCCCCCAGGGCCUCCUGAUGAAGAUAGAUGCUUUCCAUUACAUUCAGCUGCAGACUGUGUAU